AUGCAGCCAGAUGACACGUUCAAUGACCUUCCCAGUGACGUUUUGAAGCGUAUCAAGGAGCUGUGCAAGAAGGGACUCGAAGACAAGGGGAAGAAUGACCUUGACGAGGCCAUUUACUCAUGGGAACAGGCUAUUCAACUCCUCCCAGAUCCGCGUGAGGAAUGGGGAAUAUCCUGCUGGCUUUUUGCGAACACAGGCGAGCUAUACUUUCAGCAGAAGGAUUAUGAGGCGUCAGACGAAUUCUUCAGGUGGGCAAUUUCAUCUCCCGGGGGCAUUAUUGACGCCCAUAUCAACAUGCGUCUGGGGCAGAGUUGCUUCAAGCUAGGGCAGAUAGAGGAGGCGCUUGAAUUUUUAUUCAGCGCUGUGGCUAUAGACCCGACUGUACUGGAUAACGAGCCUGCUGAGUACCAAGAACUCCUAUCUAAGCACGAGCCAGUUGCAGAUUAG